UAGUUCAACUCAACCAAGUUUCAGUAGUUUACUAUGGAGUAUUAAGAUGUGAUAUAGAGUACUUUCAUAAUUUUUAAUAGACUUUGGAGAAGAAAAUUUAUGGGAUUUAGUUGCCGGUUUAUUUUAUUGGAUAUGGUGUCGGAACUCAGCUCAUUGGGUAUUUUUGACGACUAAUAUCAAUAAGGCGAUCAAGCCAUAUAGAAAAAGGCUAUAUGUUUUGAAGAUCAUGCUUAUUACCAACUGUAAAAUAGUUUAAAUUUUAAAACCAAUUGAGAAUACCUUUUUUCACUGAAGUCUUUUAAGUGUUAAUAAUUCUGACCUGUUUUAAGUGAUGCCUUCCUUUUUUUCUUAUUUUUAAAAGGAAUUUGCUUGAUAAUUAUCUUCUAGGCAAUUCUAGGAGUACAAUUUCCCGAAUUACUUAAAAAUUAAAAAACAAAAAAAAAAAAAAAAAAAAACCUUAGUAGCUCCAGGUGUAGAAGUUACGCCAGAUCCAAUGUUAAUGGCGUUGCAACAGAGAUGAUUUAGCAGUGAAUAGUAGGGAACACAGUAAGCAUCAUAGCGUUUGUGGUGAAUAAGGUGCUCAAGUGAGGGUAGGAUUUAACAGGAAGUACAUAUCUUUGAAUUUUACUCCGUACCUUACUACCUUGAUGAAACUUGUGAGAUACAAUAUUUAUUGUCAGUUAUGUCUAAUAACCAGUAGCAAUUUUUUUUAUAUUUUUUUUAAAAAAAAUUAAUGCGUCUGCUUUUAGGUAUAUUUUAGUAGCUAUCUAAACAUAGAACUAAAAUAUUCCCAGUUGGAUAAUUUGGAAUACCAACUUGUUUUUAUAAUGAAUUACAAGUACUAAAAUGGGAGAACACAUGGUUUUAGCAGCCAGUAGUAUAUUAGCAAAAAUACAGAGUCAAAGUUUUGUACUUGGUGUACUGAACAUUUAAGUUCAUUAAAUGCACUUUGAAUCUAAACAAUGCUUCUCCCCAAAGAAGAAAUUGAUUAAAUAUCUGCCAUGGAGAAAGCCUCCAAAAUCCUUGCAUCACCUAAUACCAAAGCUUUUGUUUUAUCUCUAAGUUCUUUUAUGGAGAGGGUUCAAAGAUCCUAGACUCAUAUAUGUUGUUCGAAACCUUCUUUCUUGAGGUUUUACCGAAACUCUUCCUCCUUUCUCCUUAAUCUCUCCAUAACUCUCAAAGAUGAAGCUGUCUUUUCCAUCCUGCUGCUUCUACAUUCUCAUCAUCUUCCCCUUAAUCCGACCUCUGAAGUUCAUUGAUGCCAAUGGAGUUAAAUAUGAAGAAUGUAAAAGGACUAUUGAAUGUGGAAAUAUCAGCCUAGGCUACCCUUUCUAUGAUGAUCAAUAUCGCCCUGCAUAUUGUGGUCAUCCUGGCUUUAAGGUCAGUUGCAGUGAUGAAAACAAUAUGCCAGAAAUCUCAUUGAAAACAUCCUCACCUGAGAAAUAUUACCUUUUACAUGUUAGUCUAGAUUCACAUACUAUCUCUGUUGCUCGAGAAGACUACUGGGAUGGUGUCUGUCCACCAAACUUGUCUGAUACUAGCUUAAACUACAGCCUUUUCAGUUACACAACUGCAAACGAAAAUGUUACCCUUUUUUAUGAGUGUUCUAAUGAAUAUCCAGCUUCAAGAAAUCAGUUUUCUUGUACUAACACAAACAAUGGUAUGGGUUACUUUAUGACUGAAGUAUUGGAGUCCUACCUUGGUCAUAUCCCACCGGGUUUAUGCAGAAGUAAUGUAUCUGUCCCAGUUUACAGAUCUGUUGCUGCAAAUAUAACCGAUAUGUCAAGCUUACAUGCAGCUCUACAGAGUGGUUUUGAGUUAGAGUGGAUUGCAAACGAUGACUUAUGUGAUGAUUGUCGUGGAUCAAGUGGGGAGUGUGGGUAUAAUACUAAUCUGAGUAGAUUCACUUGCUAUUGCGCUGAUGAUGUUCAUAAUUUCAGAUGUGAUGGUAUGAGCACUUACAUAUUUUUAAUUUUUAUCUUUAUUUUUUAUGAUCUUUAUAUUAGGUUGCUUAAGGUAUUUGUUACUACCUUCUUGAGAUGUGAUGUUUAGCAUGUUUUGCUGUGUGUAUGCGCGUGCGUGUGUUUGUGUAGGGUGGGGAAGUAUUGGAAUUGAAUUAGUAUGGAAUUGCAUUGUUUCCUGGUAAAUAAACCAGCCACUGUCUUAGUUCUAGAUGGUUGGACAUGCAUGAUAGGGACUUCCUUAGGUGUUAUAUCUAAAGACGGGAAAUAGAUCGUCAAGAGUUGGGGUUAUUUAUUUUGGCUACCUUAGCAUGUGUAGGAAGAGAGGAAUUUACCUAGAAAAUGUGCACUCUCGAAGACACCGACAUCCUAGAUAAAGAUUUGUAAGACUAGUCAUAAAUAUCUAAAGGUAAACCAAUAAGGAUUUGUGGGACUUUGUAUUAUGUAUAAUUAUCUUAGGUAAACUAGUCAAGACUACAAAAAUUUCUUGCCUCGCUAAAAAGAAUUUUUGUUACUAAACCCGCGUUUGACAGGAAGCUUCUCUUUUUCUGUCAAAAAGUAAAAGGAAUUAAAGUUGGUAUCUCUAAUUCACUGUGAUACUACGUAUUCCGUAGGUCAUAACUGGGUAACUGUUGAAUUUUUGUGUACGUCUAUACUUUCAGAUUUUAAUAAUGCAUAUAGACUAUAGAGCUGAUUACCAACCGGCCAGCCGGCCAGGCCGUACCCAUGAAAAGCCAUCAGUCCGGUCACAUUUGUAGUGAAAAAAAUCUGCACAGCCCUGGUAAUCUACAAUUCCUAGGAGCCACCCUUAUUCAAAAAAAAAUAAGCUUACAAUUCUUUUUUUUUUUUUUUUUUUCCAAUUUUCUGACUUCAUUUGAGAGGAUGCUUUUGUUAACUUGACUUAUAUCAUUGAUUAUUCUUUAAGAGCCAUCUUUAAAAAUUGUAGUUCUCCUUGAAUAAGUUAUCAAAUAAGGCCAACAAAAUUAAAACUCUUCUCCUUUCUCCAUCAAACCUUC